CCCACUACGCUCCCGGAACUGAGGCUUUGAGAUCUACAUUUUCACUUUGUUACACCUUUAGUGAGCAAAACAGCUAAUAACUUAGCUAAAUACUGACAUUAUCCUCAAUCGAGAUAUCUGUCCGUCGUUUCAGCUCCAACUGAACUUAAAGGUGCAUUUCAGACACACAUCUUCGUGGCCAUUCAGGAUGUAGUGUACUCAGACUGUCUAGCUCUAGCUAAUAACACAGCAUAGUAGGCUAUUGGUUGACAGACAGCCGCUAAUCAGAUCACAUCACCGCCAGAUAAUUAACUAAAGAUGCUGAAAAUGGAGGGACUCAGGCCGAAGAUGGACCCGGAAGAGAUGAAGAUGUGGUGUCUUCGGUCAGGAACUUUCUCCUCCAUGUCGCCCUGCUCCGAGUCACACCAUACGUUCUGUUGUUUACUCAUCUCCUCUCCAUUCUAGCACCAUACGUUCUGUUGUUUACUGAUCUCCUCUCCAUUCUUGCACCAUACGUUCUGUUGUUUACUCAUCUCCUCUCCAUUCUAGCACCAUACGUUCUGUUGUUUACUGAUCUCCUCUCCAUUCUAGCACCAUACGUUCUGUUGUUUACUGAUCUCCUCUCCAUUCUAGCACCAUACGUUCUGUUGUUUACUGAUCUCCUCUCCAUUCUAGCACCAUACCUUCUGUUGUUUACUGAUCUCCUCUCCAUUCUAACACCAUAUGUUCUCAGAAGCUGGACAGCAUAUGAAUAGAAUCCAUCUUCUCUCACCCUCUACCCUCAAGACCUACAUCACACAAGAUGCUUCAGAACAACAACAACAACAAGCUGGUGAAGUUGCUACCCAACAGGAACAACCAUGACAACAACAAGCUGAUGAAGUUGCUACCCAACAGGAACAACCAUGACAACAACAACAACAACAAGCUGGGGAAGUUGCUACCCAACAGGAACAACCCUGACAACAACAACAACAACAAGCUGGUGAAGUUGCUACCCAACAGGAACAACCAUGACAACAACAACAAGCUGAUGAAGUUGCUACCCAACAGGAACAAACAUGACAACAACAACAACAAGCUGGUGAAGUUGCUACCCAACAGGAACAACCAUGACAACAACAACAAGCUGGUGAAGUUGCUACCCAACAGGAACAACCAUGACAACAACAACAACAACAAGCUGGUGAAGUUGCCUCCCAACAGGAACAACCAUGACGACAACAACAACAAGCUGGUGAAGUUGCUACCCAACAGGAACAACCAUGACAACAACAACAAGCUGGUGAAGUUGCUUCCCAACAGGAACAACCAUGACAACAACAACAAGCUGGUGAAGUUGCUACCCAACAGGAACAACCCUGACAACAACAACAACAUGGUGAAGUUGCUACCCAACAGGAACAACCAUGACAACAACAACAACAAGCUGGUGAAGUUGCUUCCCAACAGGAACAACCAUGACAACAACAACAACAAGCUGGUGAAGUUGCUACCCAACAGGAACAACCAUGACAACAACAACAAGCUGGUGAAGUUGCUACCCAACAGGAACAACCAUGACAACAACAACAAGCUGGUGAAGUUGCUACCCAACAGGAACAACCAUGACAACAACAACAACAACAAGCUGGUGAAGAUGUUAAUGUCACCACCAUGGAUGUUUAAGUUUAAUAGUCUACCAAGUGUUAAUGUCACCACCAUGGAUGUUUAAGUUAUAUAUUCUACCAAGUGUUAAUGUCACCACCAUGGAUGUUUAAGUUAUAUAGUCUACCAAGUGUUAAUGUCACCACCAUGGAUGUUUAAGUUAUAUAGUCUACCAAGUGUUAAUGUCACCACCAUGGAUGUUUAAGUUAUAUAUUCUACCAAGUGUUAAUGUCACCACCAUGGAUGUUUAAGGUAUAUAGUCUACCAAGUGUUAAUGUCACCACCAUGGAUGUAGAAGUUAUAUAGUCUACCAAGUGUUAAUGUCACCACCAGGGAUGUUUAAGUUUAUAUAGUCUACCAAGUGUUAAUGUCACCACCAUGGAUGUUUAAGUUUAUAUAGUCUACCAAGUGUUAAUGUCACCACCAUGGAUGUUUAAGUUAUAUAGUCUACCAAGUGUUAAUGUCACUGUAGGGGGUGGGUCCCAAAGACCCUCCCCAUUAUUGUUUAAGGGGACCUUAAGAUUCAUAUGUUUUGCUGCAGGCCUUAUAAUAGAUACUGUUUCUAUGUGUCUAAACUCUGCCACUCUUCGUUGUACAAGCCAUCUAUAUUAAUCUUUGUGGUUAAGCUCUGGCUGUUGUGAGAGUGUGCUUGCAGGCUGGGUCUGAGUCAGACCGAAACUAGAUAAAGAGAAGUAACCACUG